AUGAACUGCUUGUCGCAGUUUUCCUCAUACACAGCGGCCAUUUUCAGAACGACAGGUCGGUCCGCCGGGACGAGUGCUCUGUGCGGACCUUCUUCGUGGAAGAGAAGAUUUGACCUUUGUACUAAUAGUAAGUUAAUCAACUUAGAAUCAGUGCUAACGAGGUUCCAUAUUCAGCUCUAUUCGUCUCGAAGCAAAGGCAGCAGCAGCAGCAAAACGACGUCGCCCCGAUCGCGGAAGAAGUCGAAUCCCGAACCGGCUAUGGAACCGGACAAAGACUCCUUCUAUGUAGUGCGCAAAGGAGACGUCAUCGGUGUUUAUAAGAGUUUCAGUGAUUGUCAGGCUCAGCUCGGUUCUUCGAUAUGUGAUCCUCCUGUUAGCGUGUACAAAGGGGAGUCUAUGCCCAAGAAUACUGAAGAAUAUCUUGUUUCUCGUGGACUUAAGAAUGCCAUUUACACUAUAAGAGCUGAAGAUGUGAAAGAUGAUCUUUUUGGCAAGCUUGUGCGGUGCCCAGUUGAAGACCCGUGUUCAAAGGGUGAAACAUCUGUUAACGAUGCAUCCAAAAAGAGACCCCGUCAACUGUGUGGAACAGAAACUGAGGAAGAAUUUGGUUCAACUUUCAUAUCAGACAAUCUGUCGAGAAAGCAUGCCAAGAUAGAUCAUUCUGCUGUGCUCGAAUCACCCCCCUUGAACCGUGGUUCCUGUAUUCUUAUGUUUGAUGGUGCAUCAAAAGGAAACCCUGGACUAGCUGGUGCCGGAGCUGUGUUGCGAGCAGAUGAUGGAAGCUUGAUCUGUAAAGUACGUGAAGGUCUGGGCAUUGCAACCAAUAAUGUUGCCGAGUACCGCGCUGUCAUUUUAGGAUUAAAAUGUGCUCUUAGAAAAGGUUUUAGUAAGAUUGUUGUUCAAGGUGACUCCAAACUCGUCUGUAUGCAGGUUCAGGGAUUAUGGAAGGUGAAAAACCAGAACAUGUCUGAUUUGUAUGAAGAGGUGAAGAAAUUGAAGGAUAAAUUUCUCUCCUUCAAGAUCAGUCAUGUCCUCAGGGGACGAAACUCUGAGGCAGAUGCUCAAGCAAACUUGGCAAUCACUCUUGCUGAUGGUCAAGUCCAGGAGGUGUAUGGAAAGUAG